GGUUUUCAAAGUGGGGGCCGCCAGGGGGCCUCAACAAUUUGGUCAGAGCCACCAAGCCCAUCCCUUCCACUAGUGUGUUUUCUCUUUCUCACUCUCAGACAACCACACACACACACAAUCAGUUCCUAAUGUAAUGCAAUGUAAAGAUGUAAUAUGUAAUUAUUAACAAAAAAGGAGGGAUAUAUUCAGAAGUCUGUAUUUUUAAUGUGUUUUAAAGACAUCUUGCAAAAAGGGGGGCCUCGGUCAAAUGUUAAUGUCAUUUGUGGGGGGCCUUGCCCUGGAAAAGUUUGGGAACCCCUGAUCUAAAAAACACACACACACACACACACACACACACACAAACAAAACAAAGGGGAACCAAAUUUGCAUGUUUGUUGGGGAACUGAAAAGAAUGGACUGUACAGGUUUGAAUCUUAAGUUUUAAAACAGUAAAAUUCGUGUUUAACGUCGACAGAAGUUACUGACUCCAGAUAGACUGAAUCCUGAAAAAAAAUCUGCUGCCUUUGUCUUUAAAUCUUCAGAGUACUGCUGUACGGCAGGCCUACACACACACACACUGUGUGUGUGUGUGUGUUUGUGUGUGUCAGAGAGAGAGAGAGCAUGAGGGUGGGUCGGAUUGAGCUUCUGUCAAAACACGGCUAUCUGUUCGGAUGAAGCCCAAAGCAGCGACGACUCUGCCGUUAAGUUUGUGCUGUUUUCCCCAGCGAGGACGUGUUCCGCUCGCGUUAACCUGACGCGGUGGUCUGCGGUUCUCUCUGACAGGAGGGGGAUAAUGCAGAGAUUUUGCAGACACGCAUAACUGCGGGAUAGUGCAUUAGCGUUUUAAGGACAUCUGCUAGUUUUUGGGCCAUGCCUCUGAUCAGCCUGGACGAUGAGGAUCAGCGAUGGGUCCCGACCCACGUCAACGUGACCGUCCUUCGGGCCAGGGCGCUGCGGACCAAGGGCAAGCAGGGCAGCCGCUAUGUGUACACCAUUAUCCAGCUGGGAAAGCUGAAGUACACGACGGGACUGGCAGAGAAAGCGGCCGAGCCCGAGUGGAAUGAGGAGUGUUCACUGGAGCUGCAGCCCGGCCUGCUGGAGUGUGUGGGGGCGCAUCCGCCCGGCAGCGGGGAUCUGAUCCUCACCGUCAUGCACCGGGUGCUGAUCGGACUCGACGUGUUCCUCGGUGAGGCCGUUGUGCCUUUGGAUAAGGUGUUUCAGGGAGGGACGUGUCCUAGGAACGAGUGGCUAAAGUUGCACUCUAAAGCUGGGAGGAAGGAGAAGGAGCGAGGAGAGCUGCAGCUCACCAUCCAGUUCACUCGUAAUAACAUGACGGCCAGCAUGUAUGAUCUGACCAUCCAGGACAAGCCUCGCUCAGCCUUUGGCAAGUUGAAGGACCGUGUCACAGGCAAGAAAAGAGGAGACGUAGAGUCCUCCUCAGCCAUCCUCCCCGGCCGCUAUGCCGCUCUGUCAAGCUCAACGAGUCAGCCUUUCCAGGAGGAUGGUGGGAGGGAGGACCUGGUACAGGAGGAGUGUACUGAUGAAGGCAAGAGCAAGGUGAAGGGCUUCUUUCUGAAGGGGAAGUUGCGAAAGAACUCAGACACGCGUUCCUGUUCAUCGUUGGCCUCGGAGAGCAGCAUGGCGUCAUCAGCAGGGGAUCCUUUUGUUCCCAUAGAACUAUGCAGCACACCUGUCUACAGCAGCAGAGUCGUGGAGCCUUUCCGGCCUGAUUCAGACAGCGGAGUAAAGGUGAUGACCCACAAGCGCGCACACAGUGACGAGGCCAGUAAGAUCACAGUUGCCUCACGUCCCAGUAUGGCUGUAGAGAGUGUAAACAGCCAGAACAUGCUGCUCUCUAAGUCCACCCUCUGCAUAAAUGGCAGCCAUGUUUACUCUGAGCCCAUCUACUCAAAAGGACCAGGGAGUCUGCCGAUCAAGCGCACACUACUGGAGAAAUGCUCUCCCUUAUCACGCUCGCUGCAGAAUCUUACCCGCCGCAGUGAAGACAUACAGAGGCGUAGCUCCAUUGACAAGAGCAAAAAGGAGUUUGAGGGAGAGACUGAGGGCUUCUCAGCCCUAACAUUGGGAGUCAGCACCUCAGAGGGGAAGCCGGUGCAAGCCACUGGCCCCCUGGUGAUGGCUUCUUCCUAUACAGAUGUUUCAGAUAAAGGGAAGAAGCUGAGGAAAACUCUGUUCUCCAGCGGGAGAAGUGACUCUCUCCCAGCCAAACCCGAACAGGGUCAAGAGGGACGUCUGCGUGGCUGGUUCGGUGCCAGUGACACCCAAAACAAGCCAAGGCUGGGAGUUCCUCCUAAAGUAGAAAGCAGUCCAGAAACAUCCGCAUCCCUCUCUCCCUGCUACCCCACUCUACCACCACGCUCUCUUCCCCUAGUUUCUGCUACUAGCCACAUGUCGUCCUCUCCUGUUGGCCCUCACACUAAUCCAUUCUCCCAUGUCUCACCUCCACCACCCUCCAUCUCCCCUACCAAUCCUUUCCUCACACGUCUGCAAAGGAACCCCUUUUUUGAGGAGCUCAUAGCCGAAGAAGCUUUGAAAUCUCCUCCUGCAAUUUCCGGUUACUACAACUCUCCAUUCAACCAUUACCCAGCAUUCCCUGUGAGGAGUGGCCUUCCAAGCAGUAUAUGUGAUAGCACACCAAACAAAAUGUCCUCUAUAAAGAGAGAGAGGCCUCGGAGUGUAGCUAAGCAGAGGUCCCUCCCUGCCUUAAUGCCUGGGACACCAGAGACAGCCACUGUGAACUCUAGUAAUGCAAUGCAACCAACUCGUCCAUUAUCUGAGAGUAGGGGGGAAUGUGAUGAAUUUGAGGCUUUGGCCAGUAGUCGUCUUAAGUCACCAGUUGGGACUCCCAGUCGACCAGCCUCAGCCACAAUCCUUCCUUCAUCUCCUAACCCAUCUAUUAAUCCAGUUGAAUACUGCAGUAUUAAACCAAAAAUGGGGAUCAUAGUUGAUGAAAGAAUCUCCAAGGACUGUAACCUACCUGCUUUAGCCUCACGAAGACCAGUGAGGACCCCAGUUCCCAUUCAAGAGAGGUGCUCAGACAGCUGGCUAGACCGGGCACAGGAGCUUGCUGUCCAAAAAGAAGCUUGCCUGCUUUUCCAGACAGAUUUGGCCUCACUACGACAUCGAGAGAGACAUAGAGAGACAAACACCAAAGUUUCCCAUCUAGGUAAAGACUUGCACUGUGCUAUUCUUGAGCAGAAUGUGAAUGUUUAUCCACCUUCACAUACUGUACAAAUGUCCAGAGAUGAAAAUCUGAACAUUUUUAAAAAUGGACAAGAGAAACUUUUGACUGAGGGAGGCAUGAAUAUUGCACUAAAGAAUUCACAAUAUGGGUAUGAACACAUACAGGAAAACCCCCAGUCUUCUGCAAGUGACCACACUGUGCCCAGUACACCAUUUUGCCCCUCAGACUGUGAUACAACUGUGAGCGAGUCACUGUGCAGUGACUUUCAGGUCCAGAUAAAUCCAGAGUCCUCUUCUGAACUGAAGCCAUUUUCUGAUCAAAAGAUUGAGAACAUAAUCACUACUGGAGACAUUACUACUCCAGAUUCCAAUAAUAAUAAUACUAAUGACACUUCUCAGUUUGCUUUUAUUGAUUGUGACAGCUCUUCUUCAGUUCACCAGACUACUUUCGGAAUAAUAGAUAAAGAUAGUAACAAGGUGUUAACCCAGUGCCCAAAUGCCACAGAUUUGGAAUCAUCUGGGAUGUCAGUAUGUGGGUUAUCCUUAGUGCCCCCUCAAGAUUUAUUAAACAGAGUGGCAGAGCAAGGACCAUUUUCCCUGAAGGAAACUCCAAAUACUGUUGUUAGUACAAGUGGAAUGUCCAACAAUAACCACUAUGAGAAACCCUGUGACAACUUAGAACAACACAGCAGCCAUCCACAUUCAAAUUAUACUGCAAGGGUUGAAUCAGAGGAUCCUAAUCACAAAGAGAGCUCUGUAAAUCCACAAACAAUCCCCAGACGAAACAGGGAUGACGGAAAUGUGACGGCACAGCUUAAACCUGAGGCAAUAGAGGACAAUGCAGGCUUAGAUGCUCCACAAGAAGUUGGAUGCUGUUUGAUUUAUGACAAGGUUAAGACUAAAACAGCUGAACUCAAGCCAGAAGCGAAUAACUCCAAUGUUCCCGUUUCAGAGAGCCACAAGAUCAGUGAGUCCCCUUUGACUCUAACAGAUGGUGUCAGUUUUGAGGACUUGCAUGUCCGAGUAGCACCAAGAGGUUCAAGAAGCCCUUCCAAAACUGAAAUUAGAUCAGCACGCAUUAGGACACGUUCCACUACAAACUCCCCCAAGACUGGCCCCAGUGCAGUAUUAUCAACAGCGAGCUCUGACCUCAGUUCAACCAAACCUUCACUGUCAGACCUUUUUUUGCAUAAGAGUUCAUCCCCUUCUUCCUCCCAUCCUAAUGCCACUUCUGACCCCAGCCUGUCCUUGCUUAUGCAUUACCCAACCACAAGGCCAUGCUUGGGAAGCACUCUGGCUGAGGCCUCCUACACCACCUCCACACUCCAGCAGCAGGUCACUGCAAAGCACACACUUACCCCAGAGGAGGCAGAGCCAGCUAGCAGUCGCCCUCCCGCUGAGGAGAGCAGCCCCCAUCUAGUGAAGCCUCUGGCCAGCACAGCAGUGCCGGGAGAGAAGAAAUCAGUGCUAGAGAAACUGCGCUCUUCCAUCCACCCUGGACGCUCCACACAGCAGAACAUGGCUGAGCCGGAGAAACCACAGGUGUCCAUGUCAGAGGCCCACGCUCACUACCAGACUAUGAGUAACAUGGAGCUGAUUGCUCUAUUGCUGCAACAGGAGAUAGAUGCGGAGAGACAGCGGGCCGAGUCAGAGCUCCAGGCCACGCUGUUGGAGAAGCGAGAGGCUGAGCUGAAGAAGCUAAAGGUCCAGGUGCGAGAUCUAGAGGACUACAUCGACAAGCUGCUGGUGCGCAUCAUGGAGCAAACACCAACCUUGCUGCAGAUUUAGCUUCCCUUUACUGUUAUAACAACCUCCACUCUUCUCUGAAGGACUUCCACUAGACGUUGGAGCAUGGCUGUGGGGAUUUGCCAAGAGCGUUAGUGAGGUCAGGCACUGAUGUUGGAUGAGAAGACCUGGGACUUUGUCAUGCUGGAACAGGUUUGGUUCCAGUGUUACAGUGAAGGGAAAUUGUAACGCCACAACAUAUGACAAUCUACUGUAUACAAUUAUGUGCUUCCAGCUUUGUGGCAACAGUCUAGGGAAGGCCCACAUAAGGGUGUGAUGGUCAGGUGUCCACAAAUAUUUGGCCAUAUAGUGUAUUUCUGUGAUUGAUUUUUCCUUUGUGAUCCUUAAGCUUUUCUGCAUUUCAGAUCCUUAUCAAUGGUUCCUAAGAAUGAUUUGUGUAGUCUCCAGUGUCCUUGUAUGCUAUGACUGACUUUUGUGCAGAAAUGCUUUUUGAAAACUCUGCUAUCUUCCUGCUUGAAUGGAUUUUGGAUAAUCCACGGAAAAACCUGUUGUGUUUUCUUCCAUGUACCAUCAAUUGUUCAGUUAUGUGCUUCCAAGUGUUCAAAUGACUUCGAAAUUCUCAGGUUGGUCAUCCAAUAACAAAACGUUCCAUGAACAAAUGUGAAUUCUGUUCUGACCAUCCAAAAGAUUUUGGAUGUAAAAUAGUCGAUUUCCAUUAUGUCUGUAAAUAUUACUAACACUGAGAUUAUUUACAGAUAUACCUUACACUGUAUUAUGCAAUGACUUGCUGCUUAAGACAGUCAGCUUCUUCCAUAAUAUCUCGGGCAAAUAAAAGCAUGUUUAUCAUCGCAGUUGAGCACAUAGAACAAAAAAGCACCUACAUUUAAGCUAUGCAAUAGUAUAUGCUAGGCAUCACACAGUAGUUGUUCAUCUUGAUGUUAUAUAUCCCCAUAGCUCGCUGUAAAAGUAGCUAGAUUUGCAAACAUGCAUAGUAAAAUAACCAUUAAGCAACCACAUGAGCCUACAUUCAGAUUGUUAAAGAAUGUAACAACUGCUUUUGUUCAAAAGACAUUCAUAGAGUAUUAGUUUGACAUAGAUAUAUUCAUUGUUUUUUUUUUUAUUUUAAAUACAGUAUUAACACUGCAUCUGUCUGUCUAUUAGAUUGUCUUAAUGUUAAUUUUUCCCAAAGCUUUUAUUAAGACAUUAUGUUUGCAGAUGCAGUGGGCUUGUCUGUAAUAUUGAAUGCUGAAGAAGGUAAAGUUUUCUGUUGCAGAAAGAUUUGUUGAGUAAACAAUUUUAUACUGUUUAUCAGUAACAGUUUUCAGUUGCUUUUACCAUUUUUACCAUUGCAGUAAUGUUAUGGCUGAAGCCAUAGAGCACUGUGAGUGUACAUUGUUGAUUUGACACUUCUACAAAUUAUACUUUUGUUACAUAGCUUUUCCAGAACAUUCUCAUUUGUGUUUUACCAAGUCUUAUUUAUUCCAAAUGGUUUCAUCUGAAAAAUAAAGUUGUUUUAAAAAAAACAUCAUGUGGGAUUGCACUUUUUUCAAAUGAAUUUGACGAAUGAAUGUGAAUUUCUUAUAACAUGGAUUUCUUAUAUAGGUAACUGAUCUGUAGUGCCAUAUAAAGAAUAAUGCACAUGUCUAUGUUGAUCAGUGAACACGCUCCUUAGCUUCAAGGGCUGAUAAAGUUAUUUUGUUAGUUUGAUUCAUUUCCAUUUGAUGGCGUUGUAGUCCAUCUGCUGCCUCACUCACUUCAGGAGCUGAAACAUCACUGUCCUUGAAUCAACACUAGAGUGCACCAAAGCUCACCUGUUUUUCCUCAUGAAACUAUAUGAGGGCAAAAGCUGGAACAAUUGAAACUAAAAAACAACAACAAAAAACAUUUUAUAGGUUUGUCUGUACUAGGAAUUGGAUGCAAGACUUAUUCCAAAACUUAUUCAUAAUAGCAAAGAGCACUCCAAGGACUGUCACUACCAAGGUCAGUAGUUAUCAAAUGUUUCAGUCUUAAUCCCCGCAGUCAGACAAGGUUAUUUAAAAAAAAAAAAAAAAAAAAAAAAAGUUACACACAGUGUUUAAAAAGUAAGCUCCAGCCCUUGGUGUUUUGCACCAAUCAAUUUCCUCCUGCUUCCAAAGUAAAGAACAUUCAGAAGAACUUUGCAUAGCAAUUUUGCACAUUAGCCACCUUGUGGUAAAACGCUUCUCUGUAAUUUAUAAUAUAAAAAUAAAAUUUUUCAUGCAAGUUCAUCUAAGUUUUACUGGUUAAAUCCUGUAUAAAUUUAUAUAAGGACAUUUUAGUUUAUUUUAGUACUUUCACACCCAUAUGUGGGUCUUCCCCAAACUGUUACAACAAAGUUGGAAGCACACAAUUGUAUAGGAUAUGUUUGUAUGCUGUAGCUUUAAGAUUUCCCUUCACUGGAACUAAAGGGUCAAGCCUUAACCUGUUGCAGCAUGACAGUGCCCCUGUGCACAAAGUGAGCUCCAUGAAGGUCGAUGUGGAAGAUCUCAAGUAACCUGCACAGAGCCCUGAGCUCAACCCCACUGAACUGCUGAUUGGGAUGAACUGGAACUCUGACUGCACAACAGGUCUUGUCGCUCCAAGAUCAGUGCUCAACAUCACUAAUAUCUUGUGGUUGAACAGCCAUGUUCUAACAUCUAGUGGAAAGCCUUCCCAGAAGAGUGGAGUUUGUUUUAACAGCGAAGGGGGACUAAAUCUGGAAUGCAAUGUUCAAAUAGCACGUACUGUAUGAAUGUAAUCAUCAGAUAUCCAGAUACUUUUGGCCAUAUAGUGUAUUUAUGCCCCAUAUGUUUCUAGGAAUUCUUUAGAAAAAUGAACCAACCAAUUGACUGAACCAAUGUGUUACCUUAUUUCUAUGAGAAGAAACAGACCUUAUUUUGUCACAUAUACAGUACAUUACAGCAGUGGUUUUCCAAGUGGGAGCCGCCAGGGGGCGCCCGGGGGGCCUCAACAAUUUGGUG